AGAUGUCAAGCAGAAGGUGGAGGGAGUCGUCCAGGACCAAUAUUUCAGAGGAGCAGAUCACUCAACUUCUCUCCACCUUACGCCAACUUCUUCCCGAGAUUCCUCAUUCCCAUUCUCACAAGGCAUCAUCAGCGGCCAAGGUUUUAAAACAGACAUGCAAUUACAUAAAAACCUUGCAUCGUGAAGUUGAUGAUCUGAGUGACCGGCUGUCCCAGCUCUUAGCCACUAUCGAUGCCGACAGUGCCGAAGCCGCCAUCAUCCGAAGCUUACUUAUUUAAUUAAUACAAAAAAAAACCUCCUUCUGUAUUCCUUCAAUUUUCUUUGCUUUUUCUAUACUUUAGUUUUCACUAGCUAGGCUCUAAUGAAUCAUUACAUCGUACACACAUGACUAUAUAUUUUGAGACACUAUGCUUCCCUUUUGUGGGACUGUAAAUAAAAAAGAU